UCACCAAUGGAGCCCCAUGGCACAUCUGCGUCCGUGAGCCAAACUUCAGCUCGAGGCAGUUUAGCCCCCGUCUUCAGCCCCCACAUUCCAGUCCGUAGCUCCCGCGCGCCGUCGAGAAGGCGCAGUUGAAGCCUCCCUGCGUCAUGAUGUGCCUACCUGAUGCGCGCAUGUGUGCCUGCAUCUGUGAGCCUCGUGCUACAGCCGCAGCAGGCUUGUCGGCGUCAAGCGUCAUAUAGAGCACCGCGCCGCACUGCAACCUUCAUGAGCAUCCACGACCCGAUCGCUAAUGGGCAGUAUGGCUGACAAGACGGCGAUACAGACGAGCAACACUUUGACGCCGCCCUUCUCUCCUCGUCCUAUCCCACCCCCAACAGCUACCGCUGCUACCCUCAGUAACCCCACAUCGCCAUCCGAGACCGCGCAUCAGAAUGGUCAUAUCAUCACCAGCCAGGAUCGGGCCACGACGGGCCCACAACCGCGUGAGCCCGUGCUCGACUCAGUCAUAGCAAUACCGCUCACGGCAGAAGAGUCUCUUCCCACUAUAAGCGGCAAGAAUAACGAAGCAUACCUCGCCAACGACGACCCCCGUCAGUUCCUCUUAUACGACCUCGAUCUCUCGCGCCUGAAUCGCAUACAUGGACACUUAUGGAUGGCAGGGCGGCCCAUGCGCGCUAGGCCACUGCACAGAUACAGGAUGUUGGGCAUGGAAGUGUUAGGCACACAACAAAUGGAUUUACAUUUGCUGAAGUACUCGACCAAGCUUAUAGUCAAGCCGCUGCCGGAAUGGAUGCUCAGCUAUGAAUUCUGGCAAGAGUACAUCUGCAAACCCGGGGAUGCGGAUCCUGACGGCAAGAGAGAAGAAGGCUGGCUGUGGAAGAGUGCGGCAGGCUUUCUGGUAAGCUACGUAUGGCUUAUCACGACACCUUUGGACUUGAAGAUCGCGCACGAGUACACGCUUCUACCAAGCUUUGUUACCUGGCACUGGUGGAAAGCUUUCGUGAAGGAUUUCAUGGGCCAUGUGGACAUCAACACGCUACAGCAAGUCAACAAACGGUAUCAGUUUGGCGAUCUCAGGUUAGGAAGAAUCAACAGCAUCUAUCGGACACGUUAUGCGCAUACGCACUUCGUGAGAGGGUAUCUGUAUGGAUACAAUCGCUACGUCAUCUUCUUCCAGCGAAACUUCUCCUGGAUCCUCAUCGUGUUCGUGUUCUUUAGUCUGGUUCUAUCCGCUAUGCAAGUUGGAGCGGGUCUAGACGAACUCAAAGAAAAUCAUGCAUUCCUUCAAGCCAGUUAUAUCUUCGUUGUCUUCAGCAUGGUCGCCGUGGUCGCCGUACUGGCAUUCGUUACAAUCGUCUUUAUCGGCAUCUUCCUCUUCAACAUGGUGAAGGCUAUCACGCAUGCGGCGAAUACGCAGAAGAAAAGGAUCAAGGCAGCUAGAAAUAAGCAGGAGGAUGGUAAGGACGCGUGAUGUGCGUCGCUACGCAGUUCUUAUGAUUGACGGUAUUCUUUUCUUGA